UGGUUGCCGCCACCCUAAGGCCAUGGAUGACGACAGCAGCCUACCGCUUAUCCUGGGCGGGGUUAUCGCCGUUGCCAUGGCCAUCUUGAACCACCAGCAAUUGCUUGCGUUUUGCCAUCACGAAUCUCUCCAAGAUGGGUCCCUUCUCUUCGCCGACGCUACAGAGGAACCUUCGGCGAAGAGGAAGCGGACAGUAUAUCCUCGUCCCGAUUACCACAACAGUGCGUGGGCGAUCAUGCUCAGGGAGAAGGAGGAUGCCCUCGCCGACCCGACUACAAAGGAUGCUAGGCUUUUCAGGAGAAGGUUCCGGAUGCCGUAUCCGAUCUUCCUGGAGCUCGUCAAGGAGAUCAAGAGCGCUGGUUGGAAGGGCUUUACUACGGACGCAACGGAUUUGGGUGGGAGGGGCACCAGGCCCUGCAUCCCCGUGGAACUGAAGGUUCUCGGUCGCGGCAACUUCUUCGAUGACAUCCCGCAGUUGUCGUUCAUCAGCGAGCAGACGAUCCAGAGGGUGUUCCACGAGUUCACCCAGCGCUUCGCGCUCGAGUUUUUUCCGAAGCACGUCAAGUUUCCGCAGGGUGCCCACCUCGAAGAGAUCCUGCGUGAGUACAAGGAUGUCGGUUUCGGGGGAUGCGCUGGGUCUAUGGACUGCACCCACAUCCACUACCAAUCCGCCCCAAACUCGGGUCGGCACAGCUACGUGGGGAAGGAAGGCUUCGCGACCGUAGCCUUCGAAGUUGUCUGCGACCACAAGCUUCGGUGCCUUGGCGUUUCCAAGGCUUUCCCAGGAGCCAUGAACGACAAGACGAUCGUCAUGUUCGACGAGUACGUGAGGAGGAUCAAGACCGAGUGCAAGGACGUGCCGUUCACCCUGCUGGGCGAGGAUGGGUCUGAGUUCGAAGAGCGUGGCCUUUACUUGAUCGUCGACGGAGGGUACCACAAGUGGAGGUGCCUGCAGUGCCCCGUCCAAUUUCCCGUGACCCAGGACGAGCUAGCCUUCCGGAAGCAGCUGGAGUCCGUGCGGAAAGAUAUCGAGUGUUUCUUCGGAAUCCUCAAGGGUCGUUUCCGGAUCUUGAAGAUGCCGCUGUUGUACCGCGGGAUCCACAAGCUGGACUGCAUCUUCCAGACCUGCUGCGCCCUGCACAACAUGCUGCACUCGUACGACGGGCUUUCUCUGCUGGAGAAGGACUGUGAAUGGGCGGGCGCCGACGGCGACCUCGACCCCUGGGUGACUACCCCAGAGGCGUAGUCGGCCGCCGACAACAGCCCCGACCUGCACCUGUUCGAGGACGACUUCAAGGACCUGCAGGGCAAGCUGGUCACCAACCUGGCCGAGAUGAAG